GCCACGGGAAUUCAAAACUGUAUAGGAUAAUUUUUUUUAUUUAUUUAGCUAAAUAAAUUAUUAUAAAUGAUAAUUAAAUUUGUAUGUUAAUUUUAAAGGAAGAUAAAGUGAAAAAAACGGAGAAUAUGUUUAUUAAAGAAGCGCGCGAGCUGCGGUUACCAAUGGCGACGCUGACGCUCUGCUCCAGCUGACUAGCCUGAGUUUAUAAACAUGCUCUGAUUUAUCUUCUCUUCCGUGUUUAUAAUGCCGUCCAAACAGAAGAAAGGUCUGAGGGGCUCAAUUGAUGACGUGUUGGGAGAUCUGCUGGGAGACGACACUGAUGAUCUCCCAGUGAAAGCCAGGUCUCCGACUGCAGGACUUGGCAGACCAGCGGGUGUCUUACGAACACAGAGUGGAAAGAGGAACCUUCUAGAUGAUGACUUCUUCAGCAAACUGGCAGAGGAGGCAGAGAAAGAUGACGAGGGUUCAGAUGUGUCCGAGGCGGAUCCCAAGGCUUUACUGGAGAGCAUGAAGGACAUGGAUGAUAUGGAUGCUGACUUGUUUGGCUCAAAGAGGAAGCCCAGUUCAGCACCAGCGCUUAGCAAAACCUCCAGAACUGAAACAUCUAAACCAGGAGACAAGAACAAAUCUAAUCAAGCAGCAGGAGCGGACGAGAGGAAGCCCAGCUCUGCUCCCGCUGCUGCAUUGAGGAGCUACAGGAAAUUCAGCUUCAUGGAUGAUGCGGAUGAUCCGCUGGAUGACCUGCUGAACGAACUGGAUGAGGAACGGCCAAAGAUCGCGCCAUCAGGAAAAGCAGGAAAGCAGCCGACAUCCUCUCUGGCUGGACAGAAGAUAGAGGAUCAAGCCACGCCUACAUCUGCGCCUACAUCUGCACCUACAUCUGCGCCUACAUCUGCACCUACAUCUGCACCUACAUCUGCGCCUACAUCUGCACCUACACCUGCGCCUAAGAAACGCAACGAGUUAAACUUUGACGAUGAUGAAGACGACCUGAUGGACGCGCUGGGGUUCAGUGAUGCGCCGAAAGGAAAAGGAACUGGAUUUCUGGCCAAAAAAGAGAGUGAGGCUCCUCAGAGACCACGCACCAGACUGGAUGAGAUUCUGGGUAUUGGGACGUCUCAUCACCUGCUGGAGAGACCUGUGACCGGCGAGAAAAAAGACACAACACCCACAGAGAGAGAGCCACAGAAGAGCUCGGCUGGGAAAGAUUCUGUGACUGGAGACGAAGAUCUAGCGUUUGGCUCAUACCAGCCCACACUGGUCUCCACUCCAGAGGGACGAAACUCUCGCAGACACUCAGUACGAUUCUCUACUGAGGACAUCAGCUCUACUUCUCCAGAACACAAGCCCAAAUCCUCCACAACCUCCACCGUGACCUCCAGCCGACCUGGCCGCCCCGCUUCAGACUGGCUCGGUCUGAAGCGUGACGAUGAUGAAACAGAAAAGGUGGAAGAGCCAAAGAGAGAGAAGAUGGAGGUUACAGGAUCAUCUGAGAGACUGAAGCCUCCUCCUUCUCCAAUAAACGUAGGAGGAAAACCAUCCAGAUUGACCACAAAACCCACCGAGGAACUUAGAGCCGUACCAGACUCUCCAGAAACGUCCACAACCACAGCAUCCAAAUCAGAGCUUAAAAAGAAGGAGGAAGCAGAUGAGGACGACUGGCUGACAGGAGCUCUGAGUAAGAAGAAGGCUCUGGUGGAGAACAGAGAGAAGAGGCAGGAGGAAUCUCUGGAGGUUGGAGAGAAGAUAGACCUGGACACGUUCCUCAGCAAACGAAACACCACCUCGACUCCUCGUAGAGGGACAGAGGACACGCCCCUCCAUCCCAGACAGCCCAGCCGUGAGUCUCUGGUUGUGUCUAGCCGACAGCAGAGCCCCACACCUGCCCCCAAACCCAGCACAGGUGCUCAACACACACAUGAGCCAGAACAGAAGCCUGCAGCUGUGAGCACUGCACCCUUCCAGCAGGUGUCGCUGUCUACAGACAGCCUUCAGCAGCUUCUUCUGCAACAGCAGCUGGCUCAGGCUCAGCUCUGGGGUUUAGGGGCACCACUGGACCUCAGUUCCUUACAGAAACAUAGAAGAGAUGCAGAAUAUCACAGCGAAGACCAGACUGCACUCCAGACCAGGAUCAUACAGCUGGACCUACAGGUGCGUAGUCUGCAGCUGGAAAAGGAUCAUCUGCAAAUGUUACUGGAAAAUGUCCAACAGAGACACAAACAUGACAUAGACCUUAUGGAGAAUACACACAGAGCUCGUGUGAAGCUGCUGGAGGAGUCUGCGGUGCAGCGGGAGGCACGGGCACACACGGAGAUCCAGGAGCUGACAGAGCGUCUGGAGGCGGUGCUGAAGAUGGCGCAGCAGGAGAGGGCGGAGCUUCAGGCGCAGCACCAGCGCAGACUGGCACAGAGCCAACAGGAGAGAGACAGAGAGGUGGAGAGACUCCGAGACCUCCAGAGGAAGUCCAUACUGGAGAUGAAGAAGGACCAUGAGGAGCAGGUACAGAGACUCAGGAGACUGAAGGACGAGGAGAUUGAUGCAGUGACCAGUGCUACCUCACAGACCAGGUCCCUGACGGCAGUUAUAGAACAGAUGGAGCAGUUCUCUCUCAGGCUGGGUGAUCUCUCGUCUCGCAUUGAAAGCACUCACGAAACCACGACUCAGGGUGUGGAGCUCGGAGCUCGACAGAGAGAUGAACAACUGCGAGUGCUGCAGGAGCGUCUGACUCAGCAGCAGAGGGACAUGGCGGAGGAAAGAACCCGACUCAAAGAAGUCAUAACCAGGAUGGACACACAGCUGGCCGAGCAGCAGAGACAGCUGCAGCAGGAACGCUGGCGGGUCACAGCAGAGCAGGCUAAAGCUGAGUCAGCGUUACGAGGCCUGGAGGAGGAGAGACGCACCAUGACUCAACACUUCACCAUAGAGAGAGAGGAGCUAGAGAGGGCCAAGAGCGCUCUGUUAGAGGAGCAGCAGACGGUGAUGCAACGCUGUGCAGAGGAGAGGAGGAAACUCGCUGCAGAGUGGACACACUUUCACGCUCAGGACAAAGUGCGAAAGGAGAGAGAGAUGGACAGAGAGGGGCAUAUUAUCAGCAUAGCACAGGAGCAGGCUGAGAUGAAGCUCAGAGCAGGAGAGCUGAAGCAGAGAGAGGAGGUAAUACAGAAGGAGAAAGAGAACCUGGAGAAACUCAAAGGUGAGCUGGAAGUGGAGAGAGAGAGACUGAACGCAGCAGCUCUGCACCUGAAACACAAAGCUCACGAGGUGGAGAGUCUCAGCAAGUUGGCAUGUGAGCGGUAUGACGAAGGAGAGCGAGCGCUGCAAGAGGCUCGGCAGGUGGAGGCGGGACAUCAGGCUCGUCUGCGCCACAUCCACACUGAACUGGAGCGACUCAGGAAGCAGGAGCACGACCUCCAGCAGGAGAGGAUGAGGAUGACAGAUUAUCACAGAGAGAUGGACAGAAUGAGACACAACCUUCCCACUGACCACAUACCUGUCCAUGCUGAUCCUUUAAGGGGACUUUCUGCAGUGUUCAGCAGCACAGCGGUUCAUCCUCCAGCACCACUGAACAGCAGCAGCUCCAGAUCAAUUUCACCAAAACUACAAGCCACACUCGCUGUGCUGAAACACACUGCUGAGAAGGAUCGGGAUUUCCUGCAGGACGAACAGUUCUUCCUCAACACACUAAAACAAACUUCAUGCAACUCAACCUUACAUACGUGACAGUAUGAAUUGGGGUCACGUGUACUAGUUCAACAUUCAUCUUCUACCGCUUAUCCGAACUACCUCGGGUCACGGGGAGCCUGUACCUAUCUCAGGCGUCAUCGGGCAUCAAGGCAGGAUACACCCUGGACGGAGUGCCAACCCAUCACAGGGCACACACACACACACACACUCUUAUUCACUCACACAAUCACACACUAGGGACAAUUUUCCAGAGAUGCCAAUCAACCUACCAUGCAUGUCUUUGGACCGGGGGAGGAAACCGGAGUACCCGGAGGAAACCCCCGAGGCACGGGGAGAACAUGCAAACUCCACACACACAAGGUGGAGGCGGAAAUCGAACCCCGACCCUGGAGGUGUGAGGCGAACGUGCUAACCACUAAGCCACCGUGACCCCCUACUAGUUCACAUACCUGUAAACUCACAAGAGGUGAAAAAGGUGACAAGGUUCGAAAUAAAAUCACCCCCCCCCCCACCCCCGACACGAACAUAAAGGGAAAAGACAACAUUUGCUUCAAGUGAAAAAAGCACCAUUAUUAAUCCUAUUUUUACCAAAAUUUCUAGGAAAUAAUUUUUCUCUGUACAAUUUGAGUG